GCUGUGUCAUGUGGAACCUCUUAGCCUUAACAUCUGUUCCGGAGCUCCAGAAAAGGAAAAAUUUCAAGUCUGAUAGAAUUAUAAUCUAUAUAAACCAUUUCCUUGGAACCUUCAGCCCUCAAGAUCCCAACAUCAUGCCUACAGUUUCAACAUAUUUGAUCUUAGUCCUCACUUCACUGCUGUUGGUGUUGCCUGUUGUUGAAGCAGUGGAGGCUGGAGAUGCCAUGGCUCUGCUGUUGGGUGUAGUUCUCAGCAUCACAGGCCUCUGUGUUUGCUUGGGGGGAUAUGCUCAAAAGAGAAAUGGACAGAUGUGACUUUGAAGGAGCUCCUGAAUCAAACCUUGCCAUAAAAACCUUUGUGCUGUUGAGACUAAAUCUGAGCUUUGGUGUCUGAAA